AUGUUUAGCAGCAGGGCUGUUGGUUACAUUACAGUCUGCUUGCUGGGACUGUGUCUAGUACUAUGCAAUGGACAGACAGCGAAGCGGAUCUCCGUACAGAAGUGCGAAGAAUAUCGUAGAAUAAUCUCGUCGCAGCGUGGUGUGAUAUCGCUCACACUGAAGCCUAGGCCAAUCUACUAUCAGUCGUACAAUUGCUCGAAUGUGGUGGAAUUGAUCGUUGGCGGUGAAGCAGCGAAGCAUGGCGAGUUUCCCCAUCACGCCUUGCUAGGCUACCCGACCGAAAGUGGCUCCUCCGAGCGUUACAGCUUCAGCUGCGGUGGAUCGCUAAUAUCGGAUCGCUUCGUGCUGACCGCCGCCCAUUGCUUCAGUUACGGCGAUCCGGUGAUUGUUCGCUUGGGCGAGUACGAUCUAACCGUAGACUCAACGGCGCAGCUUGAUUUCGGCAUCGCCGAGAUCAUCCGUCAUCCAAAGUAUCGAAACACUCGCUCGUAUCAUGAUAUUGCCCUCGUGCGGUUGAACGAGACGGUACUGUUUUCGAAGGUGAUACGCCCGGCAUGUUUGUGGCAGAGUCCCACACUCAAUAUAAGCCGUUUCGUGGCUACGGGUUUCGGCAGACAGGAGGAAGGCAUCCUCGAGUUAUCGACCAAGAUGAUGAAGGUACAGCUCGAUCUAUUUCCCUCCGGUGACUGUGGUGAACUGUUUCGGGAUAAUCGCAAAUUUCGCGAUGGAAUCGACGAGGGGCAGCUGUGUGUGGGAAGCCUCGCGGGAGGCAAGGAUACCUGCCAGGGUGACUCCGGUGGCCCAUUGCAGACGAUUACGGAACCGAGAAGUUGCAUCUAUAACAUCGUUGGCUUGACGUCCACGGGAUCCGCCUGUGGUGUUGGCAACUCGAAGGCAAUCUAUACGAAGGUGGCACACUAUCUGGACUGGAUCGAGCAGGUUGUUUGGGCACAAACAUUGUGA